GAAUGCGGUAUCUUACUGUUUGAAAGCCACUGUUACAAAAGGAAAAAAUUAGCUAAAAAUUUAAUCUUCUAUUGUUUGAAUUUUAAUCACUUAAAACGUGAUCAUUAAAUAGAAGCAAUUGGAAAAUGAUUACUAAAAGAUAAUGUCGAAACAUUUGUAUAACUUCAGUGAAGAGUGCGUUUAAUAGUAAUGUUCCAAAAACUGAUCCAAGCGAACGAAUUAAUCGAUCGGAAAAUGAUGAAACCGGUAGAAAGUAACUCGAAUAAUAUUUUAUUAAUCAGAAAUAGUAGUAAAUUAAAUCAAAUAAAUAGUUCAAGUGAAGAUGACCGUGAGUUUAUAGUUAAAUAUCAAGGAAAAACUUAUGAGAUAAGUAAUUUUUUGAAACAUCAUCCGGGAGGCCGUCAAACAUUGAAAGCGUAUAAAGGAUUGGCGCUGGAUAAAGUUUUUAAUGAUGUUAAACAUUCCGAGGCAGCAUUUCAUUUGUUUAAUGAAUUUCAAGUCGAUAAUGAAAGAGCUUACGAAGAUAUAGAGAAUUUAGUUGACUGGAAUGCUCCACUGUUGAAUCAAGUUGGGUUGUUGUCAAAUAAAUAUUGGGGGUGGGUUAAUUUACCCGUGAACCGUCCAAUACGUCUUUUUGAAUCAGAUUGUUUGGAAAUGCUUACAAUUACACCCUGGUACGCGGUACCGCUUGUUUGGAUACCGAUUUCAAUUUAUUUUCUGUAUCUCGGAUUGCUGAAAAACAUUUCAGGGCCACUUCAUUAUUCAAUAUUUUUCAAGAUACUUGCAUUCUUUUUGGGCGUAUUACUGUGGACAUUAAUUGAAUACACGCUUCACAGAAGAAUUUUUCAUUUAAAACCACCAGCGAAUUCAAAACUUCUCAUUUCAUUACACUUUAUUCUUCAUGGAAUUCAUCAUAAAGCUCCAUUCGAUGAUCGACGGCUAGUAUUUCCACCAGCAGCCGGUAUUUUAGUAGCAUGUGCUUUCUACCAAAUAUACAAAAUUAUUAUUCCUUCAACGAUAAUCGAUCUCGUCACUGCCGGAACUAUGAUAGGGUAUUUGUGUUAUGAUCUAAUACACUAUUAUUUACACUACGGAACGCCAAGUUCGCAGAGUUAUUUAUACGAAAUGAAGCGAUACCACAACCAUCAUCAUUUUUCACACCACGAAUCAGGUUUUGGUAUAAGCAGCAAAUUAUGGGAUUAUUUUUUCAAAACGCUGAUAAUUUUAAGGCAAUUGAAAAAGGCCAUUAUUUGGUAAUUUAUUUUAGAAUUAAAUUUACUAAUUUUUAAAUACGUUAGUUUUUUUGACGGGUUCAUUUAUUUUAGAGGUAUUUAGAUUUUACGAUAAAUAAAUAAUACGUAUUUUUUUAAACAAAUAUCGUCUUCAAUAUGUCGUGAGCUAUUUAAUUGUUUUUGAAAUGAAUAUAUAUUAGGGUGUAUAAAAAAAAAAAUUUUUUUUCCAAACCAUCGUAAAAUUUCGCCAGAUUACAAAAUAAAGACUCUGUCCAAAUUUGAGCUCUUAAAAUUGAUAUUUAAAGAUCGUGAAUUGAAAUUUUCUGUUUUCCACACUAAGAAAAAAAAAAUUUUGCCCAGAAAA